AUGCUGCCGGUCCAAACACUCUUCGCGCUCCUCCUGCUCGUGCUCACUUCGACGGCGUUCGUGCUCCAGGACCUUCCACUGGAACGAUUCGAACGGAGCGGACACAGCGAAGAGGCCGAUCAGUUCGAACGACAGGCGCGGGCGGGUCUUAUCUUCAGGCCAGCCGCCAACUUCAUGACAAGAUACAGGUGUGUUCUGAUCAUUCGAAUGAUCCCAAUCGGUUUUCCUCUUUCCAGAAUGCUCUCUGGAUAA